CGCGCCGCCACCGGCGGCCGCAGCUCCGGCCGCCCCGCACAAGUUCCCCGCGGUGGCCGGGCCGGGGCGGCGGGAGCCGGACUGGUCUCCCUCCCCAGCGCCCGCGUCGGGUCCCGCCGGCAGCCUCUGCCUUCCGGGCCGGGACAGCCGCCUCCCGCGGGAGGCACAAAGCCGGAGCCGCCGCUGCCCGGGCGGCCGCCAGCAGGAAUCCCUUGAAGCUCGCCCCGGGAAUGGACAGCUAUCUCCAUUUCUGGAGGAGAGUGGUACCAAUUGAAGAAGCCUUUGAGGCAAGUCGACAAGUGUGCUGAUAACUCUCAGAAGAGUACAGGGAAGGGGUGACCUUCCAGGCCAACAGCCAUGCCUUUCGGGCUGAAACUGCGACGACGGACCAGAUGCUACAACGUCUUGAGCAAGAACUGCUUUGUGACAAGGAUCCGUCUGCUGGACAGCAAUGUGAUCGAGUGCACCCUCUCCGUGGAGAGCACUGGGCAGGAGUGCUUGGAAGCUGUUGCUCAGAGGCUGGAAUUACGUGAGACUCACUACUUUGGCCUUUGGUUUCUCAGCAAGAACCAGCAAGAUCGCUGGGUUGAACUGGAAAAGCCUCUGAAGAAGCAGCUGGACAAAUUUGCCAAUGAGCCCUUGCUUUUCUUUGGGGUAAUGUUCUAUGUGCCCAGUGUUUCCCGGCUGCAGCAGGAGGUAACAAGAUACCAGUAUUACCUACAAGUGAAAAAGGAUGUUCUUGAUGGCCGAUUAAUUUCUUCAUUUGAGCAGGGAAUUCGACUGGCUGGCUUGGCAGUGCAAGCGGAUUUUGGAGAUUAUAAUCAGUUUGAAUCUCAUGACUUCCUCCGAGAAUAUGUGUUGUUUCCUAUGGAUUGGAACCAGGAUGAAGCUGUCUUGGAAGAGCUGACUCAAAAGGUUGCUCAGGAGCACCGGACUCACAGUGGCAUUACAGCAGCAGAGGCUGAGUUAAUGUACAUCAAUGAAGUGGAACGUCUGGAUGGGUUUGGACAGGAAAUUUUCCCUGUGAAGGAUAAUCAUGGAAAUGACAUACACCUUGGUAUUUUCUUCAUGGGAAUCUUCAUAAAAAACAGAACUGGCAGGACAACUGUGAUUUAUAGGUGGAAUGACAUUGGGAAUAUAUCACAUAACAAGUCUUCGAUUGUUCUAGAGUUGAUCAACAAAGAAGAGAAUGUGCUCUUUCACACGGACGAUCUUGAAAAUGCCAAAUAUAUUUCACGCCUGUUUGCAUCAAGACACAAGUUUUACAAACAGAACAAAAUCUGCACAGAACAAUCAAGUUCUCCUCCCCCUAUCCGACGACGGCCCACCUGGAGUAGGUCAUCUUUGCCAAGACAACAUCCUUUUAUACUGCCUCCUAUGCAUGUCCAGUGUGGAGAACACUACACUGAAACACAUAAUUCACAAGAUAGCAUUUUUCAUGGAAAUGAAGAAACCUUCUACUGUAGGUCUCAGACCAGUUUGGAUAGGUGUCCAAUGGACUUCAGCUACUUGAAUGGUAAUGGACCCAAUGGGAGUGUAUGCAGUGCCCACAGCAUGAACUCCCUCAAUCGCUCACAGAACUUCAUCCAGGCGUCUCCAAUGUCCUCAAAUCUGAGCAUCCCUGGAAGUGAUAUCAUGAGAGCAGACUAUAUCCCCAGCCACAGACAUAGUGCAAUCAUAGUACCAUCUUACCGACCAACUCCAGACUAUGAAACCGUCAUGAGGCAAAUGAAGAGGGGAGUGAUCCAGAUGGAUAGCCAAAGUCAGUCUUUGAGGAAUCUCAAUAUUGGAAACACACAUGCUUAUAACCAGCCAGAAGACCUAGUUUACAGUCAGCCUGAGAUUCGAGAGAGACAUCCUUACACAAUUGCAUACGGGCCCCAGGGUGGUGGCUAUAACAAGCCUGUUGCCCCCUCUGAACAAAUGAACCCUAAUAAUGCUGCUCAAAAUAAAGCAGCAGCCAGUGCCAUAUCCCACACUGUCAGCACCCCAGAACUGGCCAACAUGCAGCUGCAGAGCAGCCAGAGUUACAACACCGCUCACAUGUUAAAGAACUAUCUCUUCAGACCCCCACCUCCGUACCCGCGCCCACGUCCUGCUACGAGCACACCGGACCUGGCAAGCCACCGGCACAAGUAUGUCAGCGGGAGCAGCCCUGACCUGGUCACUCGUAAAGUCCAGCUCUCAGUAAAAACCUUCCAAGAGGACAGCUCGCCGGUUGUCCGCCAGUCGCUGCAGGAGGUCAGCGAGCCCCUCAUGGCGGUGAAGCACCAUGCAGCGGUGAACAAGCGCCACAGUUUGGAGGUCAUCAGCAACAUGGUGCGUGGUAUAGAAGCCAUGGCGCUAAAAACUUUAAACGCCCCUCUGCCACGCAGGAACACUUUGCGGGAGCAGGUGCAGCCAGAAGAAUCGGUUCAGAUGGGGCACGAAGUUCAGCAAGUUCCUCAUUAUCAUCACAAAAAGACAUUUUCUGAUGCCACGAUGCUGAUACACAGCAGUGAAAGUGAAGACGAAGAAGAAACCCAAGAAUCUGUGUCACAGAUAACAGCCCUUCAUGAGAACAUGGAGUACAGUGCUCAGCUGCAAGCUGCCUUGGCUAGAAUACCAAAUAAACCUCCUCCGGAGUAUCCUGGGCCUCGUAAAAGUGUCAGCAAUGGAGCCCUGAGGCAGGACCACGUUAGCAUUUCUGUGGCUGUAGCCAGGGCCAAGGCCAUGAGGCCGGGGCCUUCCAAAGCCAUCAGUGUGUCUCGAACUGAUCAAGUGGCAAUAAAUGGGUCGUCACUUGGGCCCUCUAUCUCAGAGCCGGACCUCACCAGUGUGAAGGAGCGGGUCAAGAAAGAACCAGUCAAGGAAAGGCCUGUGUCUGAAAUGUUUUCUAUUGAGGACAGCAUUAUAGAAAGAGAAAUCAUGAUGAGGAAUCUAGAAAAGCAGAAGAUGGCAGGCCUGGAGGCCCAGAAGAGGCCCUUGAUGUUGGCAGCACUGAACGGACUCUCAGUUGCUAGGGUUCCAGUGCCGGAGGACAGCCAGGAUGAAGUCGCCAAGGUGCCAAUGGAUGAGAGGUGCAAAAUCUUGAGAAGGAAGUUGGAAGAGGGCAUGGUGUUUACAGAAUAUGAGCAGAUUCCAAAGAAGAAGGCAGAUGGGAUCUUCACCACUGCUGCCUUGCCUGAAAACACUGAGCGCAAUCGCAUCAGGGAGGUCGUUCCUUACGAGGAGAACCGAGUAGAGCUGGUGCCGACCAAAGAAAAUAAUACAGGCUACAUCAAUGCUUCACACAUAAAGGUUACUGUAGGUGGAGAGGAAUGGCACUACAUUGCUACCCAAGGACCUCUGCCACACACAUGCCAUGACUUCUGGCAGAUGGUGUGGGAACAGGGAGUGAAUGUUAUAGCCAUGGUCACAGCUGAAGAGGAGGGAGGAAGAAGUAAGAGCCAUCGUUAUUGGCCUAAACUGGGCUCUAAGCACAGCUCAGCCACUUAUGGGAAGUUCAAGGUGACAACAAAGUUCCGCACAGACUCUGGCUGCUUUGCAACUACUGGUCUGAAGGUCAAGCAUCUUCUCUCUGGACAAGAGAGGACAGUGUGGCAUUUGCAGUAUACUGACUGGCCAGACCAUGGGUGUCCAGAAGAAGUCCAAGGCUUUUUAUCUUACUUGGAGGAGAUACAGUCGGUGCGUCGCCACACCAACAGCGUGCUGGACAGCAGCAACACCUGCAACCCUCCCAUUGUGGUUCACUGCAGCGCAGGGGUAGGAAGGACUGGAGUGGUUAUCCUAACAGAACUGAUGAUUGGGUGCUUGGAGCAUAAUGAAAAAAUGGACGUUCCUGUGAUGCUGAGACACCUGCGGGAGCAGAGAGUGUUUAUGAUCCAGACCAUAGCCCAGUACAAAUUUGUUUAUCAAGUGCUCAUACAAUUCCUGCAAAACUCUAGACUUAUUUAAUCUUUUCAAACAUCCCAGACCCAGCUUUGUGGAUCUGACUGAACCUUACUGAUGUGCAAGGAGAACUGCCUUGACAACACUGUGUGCAUAUAUUGCACUUUUUAAAGUUGUCUUGAAAGUAAGGAAUUAUUGUUCUUUACUAGUCUCCCGUGGAUUAUUUUAUACAAGAUAUAAUUUAUUUUUCUUGGAAUAACUUUUGAAUUACUUUAAUAACUCGUAAAUCUUAUAGUGACCUUCAAAGUGAACCACAUUUGACAUGACUGGUCUGCACUGUAACGUGCCCAUAAAGGAGAGCAAUCCUUUGUAAAGGUAGUUUACUAGCUUUAAUUUUGCUACACAGCUUCUGAAAUGAACAGUUAUUUGGCAGUGGGCUUUUUUCUCACGUGAGGACGUUCUGGACGGAGGUACGUGGCUUCCGUGGCAAAAACAAGACCUGCUGGAUGUCAGCUACAGCUCUGUGUGAGUGGAAGCUGAGGGUACACAGCACUGAGACCUGAACUUCUGCACGUGCAGGCGGGCACAUUACAGAGGGCUCAAACACAGGACAUUGUGAGGACAGAGAAUUUUGUGUGCUAAACUGUUCAAAUUCCACAAGAAUUACAGUUUGAAAAAAUCAAUAUUGGAUCUUUUAAACGAGGCCUUUGCUGCUGUGUGCAGCCCUUGAAGGGAUUCAUAAGAAGCAGUGUAGGGUGAAGUGCAUUGACCCACAACAGGCUGAAGUCAGUGAGUGAGUUUUUUCAGUAAUUGUGGUGGACUGAGUUGAACAGCAUAGGAUUUUCAACCAAAUGCAUCUGAAAAAAAUCAAAUCAAGCACCUUCUCAUGGAUUACACUGAAAUUAUUAUUGCCUUGAGGCUCACCUCCUGUAGAAAAGGAAUCUCAUUUAAAUUAGGCAUCCCUGGUUGCCUUAGUUUUCAUGUGUGAACUAUCAUCUGAUGGCUAGAGAAGGGAUGAGGCUGGAGAGGAGCCUGGGAUGUCUCUGGUCCCAGCCCUGUUCACCCUACUGCUAACUUUAAACUUGGAUAGGCUUGCCCAGGGUCACGUCUAGUUUCAGAAUUUUCAAGGGUGAAGAUUUCAUAGCCUCUCAGGGCACGUGAUGCAAUGCAGUUACUCUGUCAUGGUGAAAUUACCUUUCUUGGUAUCCCUUUCCCAGAUAAUUUUAAAUAUUUUAGUCCUAUUGUUGCUUUUCUGUUACAUCCCCUCCUCCAAACCAUGGUCAGUGUACAAGAUCUAAGCCUACAAGCACUCUGAAUUUCAGCACUAAAGGGACUAAAAUCAGUGGGAGCUUAAGCUCAGGUUCUGUACUAGAAUGUUUCUUAAAUUGCUUAAAACUGCACUGUGUUGGUUUGGAUCUCUGCAAUACAACCUAACAAGGUGACAAAGAUUCCAGUGAAGAUUUCUAGCUACCAAUAAAUGGAGAUGAGUUAUUUUUCUGUAAUACCUUGACCACGUUCUUUUUAGGGAUCAGUUGAGUUUUCAGUCAACUUCAGUUUUCCUCUAAUUUCUUCUGCCACUGCCAACAUAUCUCGUUAAAUUAGCAGCAACCAUUUAAAGUCUUUUCAGCAGCAUCUGCAUGAUAAUUGCACAGAGAUGCUUUAUAUCUGGGAAAAAAGCCAAGGAAUAAACCUUGAAGCAAAGUGUAUUAAAUUAGUUAUCUCGUUAUAACUUUUUGAAUAAUUUCCUAAUGAUGAAUUAAGUUUGAACUCAGAGCUGUCAAGUCCCAUUGCUCCACUUGGAUAUGAGAAGUAGAAAAUCAGGAGGGAAAAGAAUCUGUUCCUAUGUCUUAUUAUUCAGCUGCUCUUGGCUGAAAUGUGUACUUCUGCUUCUACAGUGAGCACAGGAAAGUUACUGCAUAAGAGAGUAUGAAGAGCUGUGUUUGAAGGGAAGAAAAUUAAGUAAAUGUUUUUAAUGCAAAGAUGCAUCAUAGUUGUCUUAGAAAAAUAUUAAUUAGAAAAAGGCACCAAAAAUCCUUUCCAAAUUAAUUCAGCGCCUAUUAAUGAGCCAAAUAAAUGGCCAUGUAGUAUACAGUCAUUUCUAAUUAAUCCGUAAUGUGGCUGGUACGGUAGAUAGAAGUCAAUGUGACUCACUUUUUCCCUUUCAUUGUCAAAGAAUGGUAAUUUUAAACUUUUCCUUUCAUCUGACUUCAAUGUAUUUUUCCCUGCUAGAUUUUAUCUUGAGUAGAUCUGCUAAUAUCAUAAGUGAAUUGGGCUGGUGCAUGUCUUCAGAGGUUCCUUUCCACCCCAGCUUGCAACUGACCCUCAGCAUGCCGAUGUUUUAUGGUUGAAAUGUGACACAGUUCUGUAAGGGAAAAACUGAACCUUCUGACUUUGAACCUGCUGUAGUUUUAUCAGGCCGAAAUUGCUUGGGCAGUAUUUCCUAACCUUUAGGGAGUGACAGGAAAAUGCAUUUUGCAUCCAAUUUUGUUAGUCACAGCAGGAAUGAACACAUGAGACUUAAAGCAACAGUGCUAUUUAGUUUCUGUCCCACAGACUUUUAACAGCACAGUCCUUAAGGAGAAAAGGACAGUUUGGAGUUGCUGUAUGUUGUGUUGCUUGUUUUUUUAACAUCAAAGCAUGACAAUGUUUGAAACCAGUUUCAUCCAUGGAGUAAAGUCUAGACUAAAAAUCUCACAAAGAUGCUUCAAUGAAUGGAACAAGUUUAACAUAAGCUGUCUUCUCCCAGGGCACCCACAUUGCAGUGUGGCAUGUUUAGCCUAUGUUCCCUCAUGCUUUCUGAGACAGAACUUGCAGUGGAUAAGUCUGGCUUGGGAAUCCAUUGUGUCUGUUUUCCUUUUUUAUGCACUCUUCAUGUGUAUUUAACACGCUUUGCUUUUUUUCUUUAAAUUGUUACCAAUGAUAGUAUUGAGGUGCUGGCAUCAAUUUUUUGGUUAAGGUCCAAGAUUUCAUGCCUACCAUUGUUCAAUCAGGGAUGGGAGAGAUGACAGCUGAGUUUGGACACUGCUCAGUGCUGGUGGGUAUCCUGGAUGGUGGACAUUAACAGCUGAGGUCCUACUUGUUCCAGAUCCUACUAAGGCCUGUUUUGGCACCUCUUGUCCUUGACUACCUGAGAAAAGAUGAAGCUCGUUCCCACAAAAAUUUUCCUUUAUAGUUAUACAGAAACCCUAAAUGCUCAGCCUCAUCAGAAAUACCUUUUCCCUAAAUGAAUUUCAUCUGGCAGGACACACAUCUGUGAGAACUUAUUCAACCUGUUGCUAACAGUCCUUGAAAUAUAUUGAAGGACAUUUCUGUUCCACUUAUGGAAAUCAGCUGCCUCAGCUACAAAUAUUAUUAAAUAUUUGCAUGAUUUCAAAAGUCUUUUUUUUUCUUUUUAAAUUACUUCCAUGUAAACAAACAGAAAUGCAAAUGGCAAAACACAGACUUACUCGUUCUCUUCCAACUUAAGUGCUUCAAUACUUAUGCUCAUUGUAAGCCAAAACAUUAUUUUUUUGAUCCAACAUCUGCUUUGUCCGUGUAGUCCACAAGCAGCUCUGAAAUAAAUGCUGAUGAAAAUCUUGUACUUGGAUAUAGCAAAAAUCUAUAGGAAAAAUUCAGCAGCUACUGAUGAUGCUGCAUUCUCAACAGCUGACUUCCCACCGGUCUCCUGGGAGGAGAUGAUGACUGAAUUAGCUGUUGUCAGCCUUGCUAGCAGUUUGUGAUCUGCAGCUCUCAUGCAUCACUGAGGGAGGUCUGAGUCAAAUCUUGCUGCUUGUCUUUGUGGGAAAAAAAAUGCUAGGGCAGCACCUACUGCAGGAAAUAAAGGCUGCAUCAUAUUGCAGGAGCAAAUACCUGAACUGACUGUGAAAGGAGGAACUGCAUGAAAACAGCAUUUGACCACUGUUCUACAAAAAUGAAUAUAAAUCUGCUGAUACAUACGUAAAGUCAUAAGGAGUUUGGGGAUGGGGUUUUAUGCCAGUAAGAGAGAGGUUUGCUUGUAGAAUCUGGCGCUAUGGGAACUACAGAUGCCAUAUGAGUCUUUAGAGAGGAGGACACUAUACAUGCAGCUGUUUGCAGGGAUUGUGAUUUGAGGAAGGGAACAACUGGCUGCUUGGGCUGUGGGGCAAAUAACAGAAGAUGGAGGUAUUAAACGUAAAUAAACUAUUGUUAGAUUGUGAAACAAAACAUUGCAUAGGUCAAAAAUAGCAGUGUUUAUAUAAAUAUUUAAAGUAAAUAGAUUUUUGUCAGUGUUUUUAGAGUAUCUUAGAUUACAGUUCUAUUGGUUCCUCUGAGCUAUUUUUUGGUUGGCAUUUCUUUGAAGUUUUGUUGCCUCUGCUUUAUGUGCGCCCUCACUGAGAGUUUCCCACAUGUACACCAGGACUUUGCCUUUGGAGAGUGAACUGGAAAUCAUGAUAAAUAGUAGCUUCCACUGGAGAAUCCCAGAACUAUUUAACAGCAAGGGAAGGACUAAUACUGCAACUGAUCCCUGAACUAGAGUGCUUAACAGUUUUACUCUUCCAAAUCACCUGAGUAAGGACUCAGUGGUUGGACACUCAGCUCCAGGCAUUUCAGGGGUAGUGUUCCCUGAUUAUGCAGGCAGCAUAAAAGAGGAAAGCUUUCCACAAACUAUAUCCAUGUCAGGUUCAAGGGCACACCCUGACUUAGACAGGGGCUGGUAGUAGACACUUAAGAAGAAAUAUGAACAUGUCCAGAAAAGGGUGCUCAGCCCCUCUAGUACACCUGGCAGCCAGUCCUUGAGGGGCUUCCUGAGGCCAAAGUUGUAUUCCAUUUACUGUAUUUAGUAAAUCUACUGAUAGAUCCAUCUUCAAUAAAUCACAUUACCUUUUCUUUAGAAGCCAUUUAUUCCUCUGGCUUUCACAAUGUCCUGUGUUGGUGAGUUCCAUAGCUUAAUUAUAGAUUUAAUAUAUAAGAACUUCUUUUUUGUGUAUGUUAAAUAAAAGUAUUUUCUUGCUUCUACUUGGUCUUUAAAAGAAGGCAAAUCUUUAGUGCCAGAAACACCGUCAAUAGGAUGUUUAUCCUGUUGCAGUUGCUCCAUAUGGAAAACACAUUUUCCUCACUAGUAAAGUACCCUUCUUUGAUUAUUUUACAAAGGAAAAAAGUUUACACAUGCAGAUGACUGUAAUAUUCCCAUAUGUAAUUGUGUGGAACAUGUUACAUGAAAUAACAUGUUUAAGUUUUAUGUCACUGGAUUUUCCUGUCCUGUUUUACUUCAGUAUUUUGAUGCUUCCUGUUUCAUUUGUUCCGUAAUUCUGUUCAUGACAGUUUAGCACAAAACAGUGAUCUGGAUCUCACCACCUCAUUGUACGUACACAUUUUGUAGAGAAAUGAGACAUCAGUUUUAUGCCCUCCCUGCCCCCUGCUCCCUCCUGUUAGGGCUGAAUGGCAGAGCUAUUCUAUGCUAUUGAAAGCCUUAAAAAAAAAUCUAUGCAUGCUAUUUUUUAAUAUUCUAAUGUAUUAUUCAUAUCAGUACAUAAGCUUAUGCUUGUCAGUUUUAUCUUCUGUAUAGAACUGAUUACUUUUGACAGUAUUUUUGCACUGUUUCUUUUCUUUCUCUUUUUAUAAUAAAAAGUUCUAUUCAGCAUUAA